CUGCGCAAAAACAAAAUGUGUGGUUAGAAAACGUGCUGCGUUUGUUUGGCAGGUAAAGUUUUCGAUUCCAAUUGGCGAAUUUACCACGGAAUUUACCUUCAUAUUAAAAUGAUUACACCACGUUUUCAUUUAUCACAAAAUGAGAAAACAUUCACAAUUACAAUACGCGCACCGUACUGCAGUUUAAAAGAGUUGGACGUGCAAAUUGACGACGAAACAUUCCUGUUUUACUGCAAACCGUAUUAUUUACGUUUAAAACUUCCUGGAAAAAUUGAAGAAGAGCGCAAUGCACAUUCCCAAUUUAACUCAGACACCGGUGAGUUCACAUUCACAUACUACAAAACAAAUAAGGGCGAAACCUUCGAAAAUCUCGAGUUUAUCACACAAUUUCUACAACCAAAAUUGGAAGUGCAUGAUGAUCAAGAUGGGCGUAAAAUUGAAGUUCUUUCAAGUUCUGCACCCGCAGAAGAAGUCCUUGAGUCAGAAGAGCAGUACGGGUUCGCGCAACGAGGUGGUUACAAAUUUAACUUCAUCAGUUCUGAAUUUUAUGACAUUUUUGAAUUGGACCCACAUGAAAUUCCACUCAAAGACAGAAAAGAAUUAAGACUGAAGAGUGAAAAGGAGAGUUUCAAUUUUGAUCAUUAUCUUGCUGAUUUCAUUGACUGUGAUGAGAUUGACUCUUUGGUCCAUGAGAAAUCUCCUUGGAAAACAAAACUUGAGAAAGUCAAUGAAACUGAAGCUGACAAAACAGAGACAAAAACAUUUACUAAUGUAGAAUUAGACUUCCUUAAAGAUUUACCCAAUAUUAUAUAUGAAAUCUCCAGCAUACAAGAACAAUAUGCAUUUACAACCCUAUUAGACAUAUUGUUUGCUUAUUGUUAUGACAGAAGAAUCAAUUGUUUUGAUAGUUCCUGUGAAUCAGGAUGGAAUAUUCUCAAAUUAUCGGCUAGUAUGCAAUGGUUUGACGCGUUUGACACACCGAAAGAUGCCAUCAUUGCUGGUUUUAGAAGAGCAUUGAUAUAUCCACUAUACAGAAAUUUUAAUUUAUGUACAGCUGUACUGGAAGACGUGAAAACAUUAAUUAAAUUAGGAGAAACCGAAAUUAUCAAAGUUUUGAUUGAAAUUUACGGUAUUUUCUUGGGUGGUGACUCGGCCAGAUACAUUUUAAAUCAUUUGUUCAUCAAAGACUACGUGAUAUUUGUCCAGAAGUGGGAUAAAACAAAAUGGCGGACAAUUUUUGAUGAAAUACAAAGUUUACUAGUUAAAAAAUCAGAUCUUGAUCUUAAUUUGGAUGAAAUCGAGGAGUUAAGUAAUGAAAAUGAAGAAGAAGACGAAUUAAAUCAACAACUUAAGGGUUUGAGUAUAAACAGCAAGAAAACUAAUGAAGAAUUAGACUCUGAUGAUGACGAAUCUGUCGAUUCAGACUCAGAUUCAACCGAUAGUGAUGACACCAACUCGGAAUCAGAAUCCGACACAGAAUCGGAAAGUGAUUCUGAAUAAUGUGGUGUAGCGUACAAAUGUCUCCUUAUUCUCAAUCAUGGCGUCCACGGCGAGUUUUUCACAGUAUUGCGCUGUAAUAAUGGCAAUCGUCGGCUGUUUGCUGCUCGCCAUUGUCGGCAUCUGCUUGACGACCGUCACCUGCGUGUCCAUCGAUUGCUGGCGCGUGAAGGCACCGUGAUCCAUCGCCUUCACCAGCCCACGGGAUUGCAACUCAGCCAGAUGAUGAGCGACUUCUUCAUCGUCCCAAUUAUUAUCUCUUUAAAUAUAAAAAUUUUGCAACUUUGUAACGAAAUUUUUCUAUUUUUGAUUUGUGACGUUGUUUUUUAUGAUUUAUUAACUUACUUUGCAAGAUCAUGAAGAGUAAUCGGAUUUGGAUAGGCCGAUUCAAUAAGCUCGAGGACUUUCUCCACAGAGAGAAGAACGACGUUACCGAUAGAGUUCUCAUCACCAGAGACUGAAAUAAAACACAAUAUUAUAUAUUUUUAUCUUAUAUAAAGAAAAAAGAUGGAUAACAAAAACAUGGGACACAAUGUUUAGAAAAAGACUCGUUAUUUGCAUUUUUAAACAAAGAAUUGUGAAUAUUUUUGUAAAUAGUUACGUGAUACCCUCUAUUAUUUGAAAUUAAAACACACUACGAAUGUUA